UCCAUUCCGCGCUGAAGCGGGAAACUACAGCAAUGCUAUUUGGGGAUUUUUUUUUAAAAGACCUCGCCAAAGAAUCAAAGUAAUGUUUUUUUUUUUUAUCUGACACUUCAAACUGUAAUAAUGUGGGAGGAUUAAGCAGAGGAAACACGUCGCAUUGACAGAAUGGACUCGCUGACAGAGUUUUUAGGAUGUCCGGUGAGUUUCGUCGGUCCCUCCCCCGGUUUCCACCCUGAAUGGAACAUCCUGAAACUUUGGCACUAGGAUUUGCAACUGACAACAUUGCUGGGGGUAAAAUCACUUAUCCCUGCAGUGCCGACCGUGGGAAGUCGGGGAACCGAGCUUUUACGAAACGAAAUAGUUAAAAUGCUUUUGUAAGUUUUAUUCAGUCGUCAUUUUUUCUAACAAUGAAGCAUUAUUUGUUUUGAGGGAGCACUAAAACGCGGCUAAAGUUGCUGGCUUUUUUUUUGUUUUGUUUGGUUUUUUUGGGAAUGCUUUCCCUGUCUGCCAAUAAAGGGCAGAGAGUGGCAGUCUUUUCUGUCAAUCCACAUCUGAAGAAAUGCUGUACUGGACCCUCUCUGAUUGGAGAGUACUACUGCUGAUUGUUCUGCUUUGGGAUAACCUCUGCGCUUUAGGGGUGAAACCCACAAGAUGGCCACUGUAUUCCCGAAAGCCACUUCUCCUGGCUUGGAACAUUCCGACACAGGAAUGUGGUCCAAGACAUGGUGUUUCUUUUCAGCUGGACCAGUUUGAGAUUGUGGCCUCACCAAAUGAAGGCUUUGUCAGACAGAAUCUGACCAUGUUCUACAAGGACCGCUUGGGUUUGUACCCCUACAUUGAGCCGGAUGAAACAUUGGUGAAUCGGGGGCUGCCACAGGUAGCUAGUCUUACAGAGCAUCUAGAAAAAAUGCUGGAAGGUGUUGAGAAGUAUAUACGUGAGCGAGAAGCCAUAGGUUUAGCAGUUAUUGACUGGGAGGAGUGGCGCCCCCUCUGGAUACGUAACUGGGGUACCAAAGAUAUAUACCGCAAGUAUUCUCGGGAGUUGGUACGUCAGAAGAACCCAAUCUGGCCUCAGGAACAGGUGGCUAAAGUGGCCCAGCAGGAGUUUGAGAUGUCUGCCAAGAAGUUUAUGCUGGAGACACUGAGACAUGCCAAACACCUGAGGCCCAACCAGUUGUGGGGGUUCUACCUGUUCCCCGACUGUUACAACCAUGACUACACUCGCUCUCUGGAUAGCUACACAGGUCGCUGUCCUGAUGUGGAGGUGGUGCGCAACAAUCAGCUGGAGUGGCUGUGGACCGAGAGCACUGCCCUCUUCCCCUCCAUCUACAUGGGCACCAAGCUGCGUUCUUCACCAUUUGGACGGCAGUUUGUACGAUACCGGGUGGAGGAGGGGAUGCGUUUGGCUUCUUCCGGUGAUGGCUUGGCACGUCCUGUCUUUGUGUACACCCAGCCCACCUACACCAACUCCCUAAUACAGCUGACUGAGACUGAUCUUGUGUCCAGCAUUGGGGAGAGCGUGGCUUUAGGAGCAGCUGGAAUUAUCCUGUGGGGAGAUGCGGCAUAUGCAACUAACAGAACUACCUGCUCUGACCUGGAUGUGUAUCUUCGCGGCACCUUGGGUCAAUACCUCCUCAACGUCUCCACAGCAGCAGAGCUAUGCAGCCAAACCUUGUGCAGUUCUCACGGCCGCUGUCUUAGAAAAAUUGCAGACAGUGAUGUUUACUUGCAUCUGAACCCGCUCACACACAGCAUCACCAGGCAAAGUGGCAAGCUGACAGUCACCGGUGAACUCGGAGAAGCAGACAAGUCGGGUUUUAACAUGCAUUUUCAGUGCCAGUGCUACAGCGGGUUUCAGGGGGAGGGCUGCGCACAGUUAGACCCUCUACACCAAAAAGGCAGGGGCAAUCAAGCCUGGGCGUCAGCACUGCAGUGUGUGAUCUCACUGAUUCUCUUUGUGCUCCUCUGUUAAUAUACAACACAUACUGUAGACACAGCUGCAAAUAAGAGAGGACACGUUUGUUUAGUUUUUUUUCUUUUCUGUAAAAUAUGGAUGACUGAAAGUGAAAUUUUAUAAGAAACACUGUGGAAAUUGAAAACUGCUAUCUGUGUUUUAACUUCCAAUAAUUUAGAAACAAUGGAGGGCUUGCUGGAGAUGACCCUGUUUACAUUUUGCUCUCGUUUCCUCCUCAGCCUGUCACUGUCUCCCAAAGUGUCAAAUUCCACGUUUCGCAUAGACACAAUGCUUUUGUAGUAAAUGUGAUGAACAAAUUGAUAAAUUAAUAUUAAUGCUGUAGUUAAAGUGAAAACAAUGCACUUAAAUCAGCUAAUAGCACAAGAUAGUUGAAGGGCCUGAUAUAUAAAGAUUUUUUCCCCCAACAUGACCUCUGUGUUUUAAUGGCAGUUGCCCUAUUAUUAUUAUUUAUUUGAAUGUACUUUUAGGUGUUUUGUAUGAUAUCUUGCUACUUUCUCUUUCCAAGUCAUGACUACUAGUUUUCUAUUAAAACACUACAGUUUCUCCAGUUUUGUCAAAGACAACAGUCUUGUGCUUUAGCAGCUGUUUUGACUGAAGAAGCAUAAUUAAAAAGCUAAUUGUGGACGUUUCGAGUGUGGAGCAAGUUUACAGGCUCUCAUAUACAUUGAUUUUUUUCUGAAUUUUUUUUUUGCUACAGCAAAUAAACAUUUCUUUAUUGACCCUU